AAAUAUGGAAGGAAAAUGAUCUUCAAUCUUCUGAUGAAUUAAAAGAAAUAAUACACCUCCUAAAAGUUCGAGUAAGAGGCAAAGUAGGAAGUCUUCUCAUCUUCCAAUGCCAAAGAGAGGUAUUCUGAAGACAGGGCAGAGUACGAAAUAAUUUACCUCCUGGGCAUAAAACAACUGAGAAUUUUGAAAAUAGAAGAGUUAGUCCUGAAGUAUCAUUAAAGCAUAGCAGUAACAAUGAUCCCUUGAGAUCAGAAAAAUCAUCAAGUAAGGUUGCUAGUGAGAACACUACUAAGAGAAAAUCCCUUCUCAAGUAUGUGCCUAUCUACAGAUCUACCACACAACAGAAGAGAGCAAUCAGAAAAUUUCGAAAGAAUUCUACUCCUAUAGUGUCAUUCAAAGAGCCGAAGUGUGCACCUAGGAAGAGUAGCUUCUACAAACACUUAGUGCACCGUCCUAAGAGAAAUACUAUUGGGGUUCCCGUAAUCAAUGCUUUUGAUAUAAAAAUGAAUUAUGCUGAAGAGGAAUCGGAUACUAGUGAUCUCACCAGUAGUAUUAUAAAUGAAUUCAAUAGCUAUAUCCCAAUGAGUCAGAUAAUAAAAUCUAAUUCUUAUAAAAUCUAGGAGCUUUUAUUCAAAUUUGUUUUUAUAGAUAUUCCCAAAGAUUUGCAUCGUAUUUCAAGGGAAUUUUGGGGUAUAAUUCUGAUGCAAAUAGCUUCAUAAACCUUAGUGAUUAUUUCAUAAAAAGUCGCCCUUAGAAAGCAAAAGCUCUAAGCCAAGGAGGUUUCUCUGUAGCCAAGAGUUUGUACUAUUAACUCAAACUGAAUACUUUUAUGGAAGAUCUCUUAAUGGCAUGAAUUAAUCGUUGCUCAUUUAACUCCUCUUUCUG